AUGACACCGAAACCGUUGUCCAUACCGUGCCUCGAAAAGGCGCCAGAGGUCUACGAUGACGAGUACGAGCAUCCGCAAGGUCCUGAAACAAUCAACAAAACGCUGGAAAUCAUACGUGAGGAUCGUUCGGCGGUGGAACAAAACCUGGCACAGCUGCGCGUUUGGAUUGCAAAGCAUCCCCACAUUCGGCUGUGCCGUACGGAUGCUCGCUUUCUGUUGCGUUUUCUGCGCGCCAGGAAACACUCCUUCCUGAGUGCGUCCCAGGUGCUUGAGCGCUAUUUGGCGGCGCGGAUAAUCCACCCAACCUGGUUCCAGCGUCUGGACAUCCGCGACCCGGAGCUAGCGGAUCUUACCGAUAUCGGAUUUGUGUACCCGCUGAAGGAGCGCAGCGCUGAUGGUUGUCUGAUCACUUUGUGCGAUUGGGGACUGCUCGAUCCGAAGCGUUACACCAUCGAUCACAGCAAUCGUAUGCAUGCACUACUGGCUGAGGCGUACAGUGAAGAUGCACUGUUCCAGUGUGCUGGUGUGGUGGGCAUCUUUGACAUGCAGCAUGUACAGCUUGCCCAUCACAGCAUAAUUUCACUGACCGUGCUGCGACAGGUGGCACAAUAUGUUAACAACGCCAUACCGAUCCGCUGUAAGGCGAUCUACGCUGUGAACAUACCGUCCGGUGCACUGUGGAUCGUAAAUGGACUGUUGGGAUUCUUCAACGAAAAGAUUCGCAACCGUUGCCGCGUGUUUCGUGAUUAUGACGAGCUUGCGGAAAACAUCGAUCGAAACUUGCUGCCAAAGGAGUACGGUGGCAAGGAGCCGAAAAGCGAACAUAUUCGGGCCUUCCGGGAGCAGUGUGAGCGUUACCGGGACCGUAUGUUGACGCUGGACGAAAUGGAGAUCGACCUUGAUCAUAAUGAGCCGUACUCACGGCACGUUAUGUUGGAUGACAUCGAGGGAGGAGCUGUCGGAAGCUUCCGUAAGCUGGAGCUGGACUAA